AUGAAUGUCGAUAACACUGACAUCAACAUGCAGCAUCUCGAAUUUCAGCCAGAAGACGUACAAACAUCUCAUGAUGCAGAUUUAUUUAGUGAUGAUGAAGACAAUGAUAAGGAUGCUGGUGACUCCAUGGAUGCUCUCAGUCAGCCUCCCACCAGUGUUCUAUAUGCUGAGAAGCUCAAGACCACAUUGAGGAGCAACAAUGUCUUGCAGAAGAAGAGUCAAUGGGAAGCAACUCCGAGAGAGCAAGAGCGGGAAAAGCAAGACAUUCACACAUGGCAAGAGCAGCAGCAAGCACUACUGAGGAAGAAUGUUGCUGAAGAACUAGCACGGCACGAAGCAAUGAUAAGUGCAAGAAAAGACCAAGAGAAAAAAUCUGGAGGUGGGGAAGAACGACCGAACACGGGAAUCACUAAUGAUGUCAAGCAGUUAGAAGAACAUGAGAAAGCCGUUUUUGCCGAUGUAGAGACUCGCGUUUCUCCAGGCUCAUAUGGGCCAAAUUCACGCUUUUUCACGACACCCUCAAUAUCCAUGCAACGCGCCUUCUAA